AUGAAGCAUGUAAGGCAUUUCACCCCCUCCUUAUUUCUCAGUUUGGUGCACGUUUGCCUGGUUCAGGCAAAUUAUGCCCCCUAUUUCUUUGAUAAUGGAGCCAGAAGCACAAACGGGAACAUGGCACUUCUCAGCCUUUCGGAGGACACACCUGUUGGUACCCAUGUGUACACGCUGAAUGGAACUGAUCCGGAAGGAGAUCCUGUGACGUAUGGCCUGACUUAUGAAGCUGGAUCAAGACGCUACUUUUCUGUUGACAAGAACCUUGGAAAUGUUACACUGAUCGAGGAGCUUGACAGAGAGAAGGAAGAUGAGAUUGAAGUAGUUGUCAGUAUUUCAGAUGGCCUGAGUACAGUUUCUGAAAAAGUCAGGAUCCUUGUAAUGGAUGCUAAUGAUGAGAGCCCGGAGUUCAUCAAUACACCUUACAUAGUCCAAGUCCCAGAGAACGCUCCCUCCAGCAGCAGUAUCUUUAAGAUAGAGGCAGUGGACAAAGACACGGGUUCUGGAGGAAGUAUCACGUACUUCUUGCAGAACAUCCAUGCUAAUAAGUUUACAAUAGAUCGUCACAGUGGUGUCCUACGCAUCAAAACAGGGGUCACGUUGGACUAUGAGAAAUCAAGAACACAUUUUGUUGUCGUUGUAGCCAAGGAUGGUGGUGGGAAGCUCAGGGGAGACAACAAAGUGUUUUCAGCCACAACAACAGUUACUGUCAAUGUGGAGGAUGUUCAGGACACUCCUCCCAUGUUCAUCGGGACUCCCUACUAUGGAUAUGUCUAUGAGGAUACACUCGCCGGCUCUGAGGUCCUUACUGUUGUUGCUCUUGAUGGAGACAGAGGAAAGCCUAACAGUAUUCAUUACUGCAUCGUGAACGGAAGUGAAGGUUCAUUUGAAAUCAGCAACACAACUGGAGCCAUUUCUGUUACAAAAAGUCCAAAUCAGCUCAAGAAAGAAGUGUAUGAACUAAAAGUUCAGGCAUCAGAAGUCAGUCAGGAAGGUGACGUCUCAGUGUUCGCUUUUGCCAUGGUGACUAUACGGGUGGUUGACCUCAACAACCAUCCACCAACGUUCUAUGGAGAAAAUGGUCCCCAGAACAGAUUUGAACUGACCAUGUACGAGCAUCCCCCAGAGGGUGAAAUCCUGAGGGGAUUGAAGAUUACAGUCAAUGAUUCAGAUCAGGGAGCCAAUGCUAAAUUCAACCUCCGUCUUGUUGGACCUGGUGGCAUCUUCCGAGUGGUUCCCCAAACUGUCCUGAAUGAGGCUCAGGUUACAAUAAUAGUGGAAAAUUCUGCUGCUAUUGACUAUGAAAAAUUCACAGUGUUAACCUUCAAGCUUCUUGCAAUAGAGGUGAACACACCGGAGAAAUUCAGCUCGACAGCUGACAUAGUGAUACGCUUGCUGGAUACCAAUGACAAUGUCCCGAAGUUCUCCUCCGACUACUACAUUGCCAGGAUCCCCGAGAACUCCCCGGGGGGCUCAAACGUAGUUGCUGUUACAGCUACAGAUCCAGAUUCAGGGCUUUGGGGAGAAGUCAAGUACUCUAUCUAUGGAACAGGAGCAGAUCUGUUCCUAAUCCACCCGUCAACAGGAAUAAUUUACACCCAGCCCUGGGCUGUAUUAGAUGCUGAAGUGAACUCAAAGUAUAAUUUCUAUGUGAAGGCAGAGGACACCGAUGGGAAAUACAGCUUGGCUGAAGUGUUUAUCACUGUGCUAGAUGUCAAUGACCACUCUCCAGAGUUCAAUGAAAACAUCCAGGAAAAGACGAUGAUCAUCGGGUCACCAGUGAAGAUAGAGGCUAUAGAUCAAGAUGCAGAAGAACCCAACAACAUUGUCGAUUAUUCCAUCAUGCAAGCAGAUCCAGCCAAUGUGUUUGAUAUAGACCAAAGCACAGGGGAAAUCAAGCUGAAAUCCUAUAUCCGUUCCCUGGACAUCAUCCACAACAUCACAAAGAACAAAGACUGCAUAUGGUCAGUGGUGGUGCAGGCCAAAGACCGAGGCUCCCCGUCCUUCAGUACCACGGCAGUUCUGAAGAUUGAUAUCACAGAGGAGACUCUUCACAAAGGGCCUAUGGCCGCCUUUUUGAUGCAAACUAAAGAUAAUCCCAUGAAAGCCUUAGGAGUGCUAGCUGGCGUCAUGGGCAUAAUGGUGCUGAUAACUAUCAUGAUCUCUACUGCCAUGUUCUGGCGCAAUAAGCGGUCCAACAAAAUCAUGCCGGUAAGAAGGAUCAUAAAAAAGAGACAGACCCUGCAGUCCCGGGCAGUCAGGAUGGAGUGGCUGAAGUUCAAGAGGCCCAGCAAUGCUGCGGAGAAGUUUGUCGUUGAGGAUGAUGCCAAGAGCCUACACAACGAGAACAGCAACAACAACAUCCAGGUUGCCCCUGUGCUGCCGACCGCCCCCUCGCCCCCGCCGCCCCCCACCCUGGCUCCCAGGGGGGACACCCUGGGGUGGCGGGUGCCAACCGUGUCCGGCUCCCUCACUCCCAAGUUUAUAAACAAGCAGCUGAAGAAGAGAGGUCAUGGCAGCGCCCACAACGCCCUCGUGUCAGAGCUCAAAAUGAAGUUUGAGAAGAGGAACGCAGCUAUCGGUGAGCCCCACAUCUAA